CCGGCCGGGGCUAGACCGUGGAGAGGCGGGCGACUAGCCGCUGAUUGUUCGGCCGCGAGGUCUGCGGGGCUGUAGCUGCGCUAAAGGAGCUGUGCGGUCUCCGUGCUUUGCUCGCGGCGCCCGGACAGCGAGGUACGCGGGUCGGCAGUCCAGCCCAGGUCUCCAGCUGUGCGGUGCGAGCGCUGGGGAAGAUGCCCGCCGACGCCACGCUCCGGCUGCGAAGCUGAGCGCUUCUCCUGUGGCUGCGGCGGCGGUUGCAGCGGCGCUUGUCGUGAGCCGGAGCUCCGCAACGGACUGGAGCGCGCGGGAGGAGUAGGAGUGCGGCCCCAAUUCCUCUGCCCAGGUCUGCGGAGUUUGCGACGAGCGCGGGCGGCCCGGCCCGUAUGGGCGAGUGUUUCGCGGCCUCCGCCUGGCGCUUUGCUGCGACCAGAAGCCCGCUGCCGUGGAAGGAGCUUGGGCCGGCGGCUAUGCCCCGGCGCGCAACCUAGCGCGGUGUGGAGACCCGCGGGCGCGCCUGGGACCUCGCAGAUCCCGCGCCGGAGUUCGCGGCGCGCUCCAGACAAGAUGGCGCGGCCGGCCGGGGGAGCGCCGGGGGCCCCGUGCCGCGCGCCCUGCCUGCUCCUGCUUUGGCUGCUGCUGCUCGGGACCCAGACGGAGACCGCUGAGCCAGGCACGCGGGCCCCCUGCGCGGCCGCCUGCACUUGCGCCGGGGACGCGCUGGACUGCGGCGGGCGCGGGCUGACCGCUGUGCCCGGGGAUAUGCCCGCCUGGACGCGAAGCCUGAAUCUGAGUUACAACAAACUUUCUGAGAUUGAUCCUGCUGGUUUUGAGGACAUGCCAAAUCUUCAGGAAGUGUACCUCAAUAACAAUGAGUUGACUGCAAUACCAUCCCUGGGUGCUGCUUCAGUGCAUGUCAUCUCUCUGUCUCUACAGCACAAUAAGAUUCGCAGUGUGGAGGGCAGUCAGCUGAAGGCAUACUUGUCUUUGGAAGUGUUGGACCUGGGUUUGAACAACAUCACAGAAAUCCGGAGCACCUGCUUUCCACAUGGACUGCGCCUAAGGGAGCUCAACCUGGCAAGCAACCGCAUUGGCACCCUGGAGUCAGGAGCAUUUGAUGGUCUGUCACGGUCGCUGCUUACUCUUCGUCUGAGCAAAAACAGGAUCACCCAGCUUCCUGUAAAGGCAUUCAAAUUACCCAGACUGACACAACUGGACCUCAAUCGAAAUCGGAUUCGGCUCAUCGAGGGCCUCACAUUCCAGGGACUUGACAGCUUGGAGGUGCUGAAGCUUCAGCGGAACAACAUCAGCAGACUGACUGAUGGCGCCUUCUGGGGGUUGUCUAAGAUGCACGUACUGCACCUGGAGUACAACAACCUGGUGGAGGUGAACAGUGGCUCACUGUAUGGCCUCACAGCCUUGCACCAGCUACACCUCAGCAACAAUGCCAUCUCUCGCAUUCACCGGGACGGCUGGAGCUUCUGCCAGAAGCUGCAUGAGCUGAUUCUGUCUUUCAACAACCUUACACGUCUGGAUGAAGAGAGCUUGGCCGAGCUGAGCAGCCUGAGUAUCCUGCGGCUUAGCCACAAUGCCAUCAGCCACAUUGCCGAAGGUGCCUUCAAGGGACUCAGGAACCUGCGAAUCCUGGAUCUGGACCACAAUGAGAUUUCAGGCACAAUAGAGGACACCAGUGGUGCCUUUGCAGGGCUUGACAGCCUCAGCAAGCUGACUUUGUUUGGAAACAAGAUCAAAUCCGUGGCUAAGAGAGCGUUCUCAGGUCUAGAAGGCCUGGAGCACCUAAACCUGGGAGAGAACGCCAUUAGGUCUGUCCAGUUCGAUGCCUUUGUAAAGAUGAAGAAUCUUAAAGAGCUCCACAUCAACAGUGAGAGCUUCCUGUGUGACUGCCAGCUGAAGUGGCUGCCCCCAUGGCUAGUGAGCAGGAUGCUGCAGGCCUCUGUGACAGCCAUCUGUGCCCACCCAGAGUCGCUGAAGGGACAGAGCAUUUUCUCAGUACCACCAGAGAGUUUUGUGUGUGAUGACUUCCCAAAGCCACAGAUCAUCACCCAGCCAGAGACAACCAUAGCCGUGGUGGGCAAGGACAUCCGGUUCACAUGCUCAGCAGCCAGCAGCAGCAGCUCCCCUAUGACCUUUGCUUGGAAGAAGGACAACGAGGUUCUGGCCAAUGCUGACAUGGAGAACUUCGCCCACGUCCGUGCGCAGGAUGGAGAGGUGAUGGAGUACACCACCAUCCUGCACCUCCGUCGUGUCAGUUUUGGGCAUGAGGGCCGCUACCAGUGUGUCAUCACCAACCACUUUGGCUCCACCUACUCGCAGAAAGCCAGGCUCACUGUGAACGUGUUGCCGUCAUUCACCAAAAUGCCCUAUGACAUCGCAAUCCGGACUGGUACCAUGGCCCGCCUCGAAUGUGCCGCCACUGGCCACCCUAACCCCCAGAUCGCCUGGCAGAAAGAUGGAGGCACAGAUUUCCCUGCUGCGCGUGAGCGACGCAUGCAUGUCAUGCCAGAUGAUGAUGUGUUUUUCAUCACUGAUGUGAAAAUAGACGACUCGGGGGUUUACAGCUGCACUGCCCAGAACUCGGCUGGCUCCAUUUCAGCAAAUGCUACCCUGACUGUCCUAGAAACCCCGUCUUUGGCAGUACCCUUAGAAGACCGCGUGGUCUCUGUGGGAGAAACUGUGGCACUGCAGUGCAAAGCGACUGGGAGCCCUGCACCCCGCAUCACCUGGUUCAAGGGGGAUCGCCCACUGAGCCUCACUGAGCGGCACCACUUCACGCCCGGCAACCAGCUGCUGGUCGUGCAGAAUGUGGUGGCAGAAGAUGCGGGCCGCUACACGUGUGAGAUGUCCAACGCCCUGGGCACGGAGCGUGCGCACAGCCAGCUGAGCAUUUUGCCUGCCCCAGGCUGCAGGAAGGAUGGGACCACUGUGGGCAUCUUCACCAUCGCGGUGGUGUGCAGCAUUGUCCUGACGUCUCUGGUCUGGGUUUGCAUCAUCUACCAAACCAGGAGGAAGAGCGAGGAGUACAGCGUCACCAACACAGAUGAAACUAUUGUACCACCAGAUGUUCCAAGCUACCUCUCUUCUCAAGGGACUCUUUCUGACCGGCAGGAGACGGUGGUCAGGACAGAGAGUGGCCAUCAGGCCAACAGACACACUGAAAGCAAUGGUGUUUGCCUGAGAGACGCAAGCCUCUUUCCAGAGGUCGAUAUUCACACCAUCACAUGCAGGCAGCCCAAGCUCUCUGUGGGAUAUAUUAAAGAGCCCUGGAAGGUGACGGAGAAAGCCAGUGGGACGCCUGGUCCACCUAAGAUGGAACACAGUGGCCCUGUUGUAUGUAGUGACUGCAAUGCUGAGAUGGACAAUUAUUCCAAGGAACAGUCCUUCUAUCCUCAGCCUGUGUCCAAAGACAGUGCACAGCCAAGUACAGAAGAUAGCCGGGAGCCCAGUCAUCAAGAACAUUCUUCCCAGCACCCUCACAGUGGGACUUCUGAGGUGUCCUGUACAGACUGCAGGGGUUCCCUCUACCCUAGUAACCAUGACAGAAUGCUGCCAUCCUUGAAGAGAAAGCCUGUGGCAUCUCCAGAUGGAAAAGGGGAUUCCUCUUGGUCUUUAGCACGAUUGCAUGGAUCAGACUCCCCAGACCAACAGCCUACAUCUACAUUAACUUCAGGAAGCCCAGAGCUCCCAGAAACCCAGCACUUGCUUGUUUCCAAUGGCCACCUCCCUACGGCAUGUGACUCUGGUCCUGAAUCUACAACACUGACAGGACAGCUCCCCAGAAAGUGGAGGGGACCACUGCUGUUGGCACCAAAAAGCUAGGCUUUGUCUACCUCAGCUCUUGUCGUACCAUGGCUUGCAGGAAAGAGGUAGGAGGGGCUAUGCGAAGCUGGGCUGCAGCAUCACUGACCUGUACAUAGUCUUAACUCCGUGCGGAUUAACAGUCACAGGACUUGCAUCGGAAGCACAGAAAUGCAAGAGGCUAUUUGUGUACAAAAGGCAGAAUAAGUAUUUGAUACCAUUGUACAUAAGAGUUUUCAGAGAUUUCAUAUAUAUUAUAUAUCUUUUACAGAGGCUAUUUUAAUCUUUUAGUGCAUGGUUAACAAAAGAAUUAUACAAUUUUGACAAUAUUAUUUUCAUAUCAGGUUGUUUAAUUUGGGGGGGAUGGGGAAUAGUUCUGGUGCCUUAAUGCACAGCUGGAACUUAGGGUGAAAACCACAUUUGCUCCCCAGCACUUCUAGUAGCUUGGGAAGAAUGGGAGGUCCUUGGCUUCCUGUGCCAGUCAGACUGCCCAUGCCGUGUGCAAGUCACUCAUCUCUGCAGAGAGUAACUACUUACCGUAGGUUUCAGUUCAUUCUCUAAGGGGAGAAUUGUUAAGCCACCACAAUUAAGCACUGCCUUUCUUCCUUCUUUGAAGUUCAUUUUAUGAUAAAAGCAAAUAUGGACUUUUCUGGAUCCUUGGAUUGUUAUUUGAAGCUUUUGAUUAAGGUAAAGGCUGCUGGUGUUGGUACCUGUGGAUUUUUUCAAUAGUGACGUUUUAGUUCUGCCAAUAUAUUACAUUAGAGGAUGAAAAGGAUAAAGUUCUCACUUUUCAGGGCUAGCUUAUUUCUACUGAAGAGCCAGAGCAGGCCUGUCCACACCGUUCCCCUCGCACAGAUGGAUCUGGGCUUGGACUGUACACGAUUUAGCCCCAGUCCUGGGUAUAUUUGCACUUUUGAGACCUGUAGCUAACCAUCUUGUGAGUGCCAACGUGUAAUUCAGUAAAAAUUACCUUGAAACAAGCAAGGUUUUAAAAUCUCAGAGAGCAAGUUUCUUUAGCCAAAUGCUGAAGGGAGGUGUUGACAAAAUGGUUACCUAUGUUAAAUUUUACUGUCAGAGGUCAUCACUGUUCCAAAGGUAAGCACAUUUAGAAUUUUGUUCUCAAGUUAACUAAUGUUACUUCCAAAAAAUAUGUGAAUUUGCUGCUUCUGAGAGGCAAUGUGAAAGAGGAAGUAUUACUUUUAUGUACAAAGUUAUUUAUUUAUAGAAAUUUUGGUACAAUGUACAUUUAAAAACAUGUAAAAUAUUGAAGUGUCUAACAAGUGGCAUUGAAGUGUCUUUAAUAAAGGUUCAUUUAUAAAUGUUCA